AGCUUCCCACCCUUCCAGCGAGAGAACAGCGCCGCAUCCAUCCUCCACCGCCUCUCGUUUAUAUUUCUGCGAGGAAACGAAGCGAAGCGAAGCGAAGGCAAAAACAUCCGCCGCCGCCGCCGCCGCCGCCGCCGCCAGUUCGUCGUCGUCUCGUCCCCUUUCCUUCCUCCAUCCCUCGCUCGCGAGCAUCGCACGCGCUCUCCCCAUCCUCACAUGGCAGCUCUGCGACUCCACGCACAACCCGAACCCCUCAAGAACAACCCCUGCUUCUGCUUCUGCUGCUUCUCCUACCCCGAUCCCGACUCCCUCUCCCGUCUCGGCCUCGCCGCCGCGCCCAUCCGCGCCCACCGCACUAGCUCCUGAUUCGAGCCCGAGUCGAGCCGAGCUGACCCUCCCCCCGCGUCGCGUCUCCUCCUCCGUCUUCUUGCGGCCGCCUCGCCUGUUCUUGCUGUGGUUGGUUCUUGGGAUCAGGUUCUCUGAUUCUUGCUGCGCGGCCUCUUUCGCCAUGGGGAAGAGUAAGAAGAGCAAGGUCCGUGGCGUUGGCGGCGGGGACGACCUGAUCGACAGCAGCGACGCCGACAGCGUGGGCUCGUCGUCGACGGCGCUGUCGGAUCUAUCCAUGUCGUACGCUACCGAGCACGUCGGCUCGCAGGAGUUCGUCCUCGACAAGUACAUCGAUGCUCUCUAUGAGAAGAGGGGGUCUACCAGGGAAGCCGCACUCUCUCAACUGGUUGAUGCUUUUGAAAGCUUCAUUCUUCAUGGUCUUGUGGAGAACAAAUAUGCCACCCUGCUGAGUCUGUUCAACAGUUCGAUAAAGAAGGGAUCUACAAAAGAGGCUUGUUUAGCAUCCCGUGCCAUUGGUCUUUUAGCCCUUACAGUUGGUGCUGGGAGCAGCUCACAUGAAAUAAUGGAGGAGUCACAUGCACAACUUUCUAGGGUCCUUCAAACUUGGCCAGAUGCUUCCAAGAUGAUUUCGGCACUUGAUUGCUUGGCUGUGGUGACAUUUGUUGGUGCUGCUGAUUUAGCUGAAACUGAGUUAUCUUUGAAAGCUAUGUGGGAUGUGAUUCAUCCAAAAUCAGGUUCAAAUGUGGGAAUUAUCCGUAAACCAAGGCCCCCUGUGUUAGCAGCUGCUAUAUCUGCCUGGGCAUUUCUUCUUACAACUAUUGGUUCAUGGAGGAUAAAUGCUGAUAGUUGGAAAGAGCCUAUUGCAUUUCUCUCUACUCUUCUUGGUGCGGAGGAUCGUGCUGUUCGAAUGGCUGCGGGUGAAGCAUUAGCUUUGUGCUUUGAGCUAAAUUUGCUUGACGUUUCCUUUGGAGAAGAUGAUGAUGUUGAGAAUGGAGGAACUGUUGGUUCUAAGAGUAAACUUUUCCUGGAUAUGCAAGCUUUGAAAGCCAAAAUAUCAAGUCUUGCCUCCAAUCUCUCAAUGGAGGCAGGGGGUAAAGGUGCAGAUAAGAAAAAUCUUACUGACCAAAGAGAUCUGUUUCAACGGAUCUUGGAUUUUGUUAAGUAUGGUGAGUGCCCUGAAGAAUCUGUUAAGAUUUCAGGAAAGCGUGACGUUUUAAGGGUGUCAUCAUGGUCUGAAUUGAUUCAGUUGAACUUCUUGAGGCGGUUUCUUGGGAGAGGCUUCCUCAAGCAUGUGCAGGAGAAUGGACUUCUUCAAGAUGUGUUUGACAUUAAGACUGACAAAGCUGAAACUCUGUCAUCCACUGAUAAGAAAAUCUUCAGGUCUGGUGAAGAGAAAGGAAGAGCUCUAAAGUUGAACAAGGACCGCCGUUUAGCCCAGUGUCUUUUUGGGUCCUUGGAGGAAAUGAGAGGGAGAACUAUAUCCUAGUGUUAAUCAUAAAAGGAGAGGAAGAAUGCCGUUAUGUUGGACUUGGACGAGUAGCCUAGUGAAACUGCAGCCGUUCGUCCUCUUCUCCGUUUAGCUGGACUUAUCUGUAACGAGUGUUUGGAAGUCGCGAUUUGUUAUCACGACGCUAUGCAAAGCAAUACUGCAGAAAUACUACUACUAUACUAGAUCCAAACCAGUUCGUGUUUAUCAACUCAGCAGUGCCUUUACAUGUAAAGGUCUAAACCAGUUUCUGUUGUCCGGUCGCUCAGAGUGCCUUUACAUGUGGAAACAAACGUGCUGAAAUGAAAUCUGAUUCCUAUUGGGGUCUAUUUAUGCA